AUGGAAAGCCUUGUUGAUCAAGUGAAAUUGCUAGCCGACGCGGCUGAUGAAAGCGGUCGCAGGAAACUUCAGACUGUGCUUCGCGAUCUGACAUACUCACUGGAGGGGAGUGAUGAUACGGUACAUAGACUUGGCUACUAUCACCUUCAAACAUCAGCCGUUCGUGUCGGAUUCGACCUCAAGCUUUUUGAUCUGCUCACUGCAAGUGAAAGUCCGCUCGGCGUGGGGGAUCUCGCUGGAAGCACUGGAGCCGAUCGUCUCCUCUUAGGCCGCCUCUUACGAUACCUUUCUUCCGUAGGAAUAAUCAAUGAGACCCGGGAAGACACAUUUGCAGCAAACAACGUCAGCAGGAAUUUGGCCAUCAAGGGUAACCAAGCAGGCAUUAAUCACUGUUUUGAAACAAUUGGCCCACAAUACCAGGAACUGCCCAGGUUUCUGGAAAAGAUCAAAUACCAGGAUAUCUCCGAUUAUUACCAUUCAGUAUUCCAAGAUGCGUGGAAGACAGAGCUCGGAGCUUUUGAGUGGUUCGAGUCCCACCCAAAGAAUCUGGAAUACUUCAACCAAUACAUGGCCUCUCGGCGCGAAGGGGCCGAGACAUGGUUAUCUGUGUAUCCAGUGGAAGAAGAGACAAAAUCGUCGAAUCCAGAAGCUCCCGUGUUUGUCAACGUUGGAGGGGGCAUCGGCCAUCAGUGUGCCGAGUUCAAAGCUCAGUAUCCUCAAGUCGCGGGACGUGUCAUACUGCAGGAUCUGCCUCAUACCAUCGAUCGUGCGCUUCAAACACUAGGCGUGGAAAACAUGGUCCACAACUUCUUCGAGCCGCAGCCAGUCAAAGGAGCAAAAUUCUACUUUCUACGCGGCGUACUACACAAUCAUUCAGACGAGAGGGUCCGCCUCAUUCUCCGAAGCAUCAUGACUGCGAUGGGCAAGGAUUCAGUGCUUCUGAUUGACGAAAUAGUUCUCCCCAACGCCCACGUUGACUGGCAUGUAACGUCGAUCGACUUGAGUAUGAUGUGUGCAUUUGGCGCUAGGGAGCGCACAGAGACACAAUGGCUAGAGAUACUGGAAUCAGUUGGGCUUAAAAUUGCUAAGAAGUUGACUUACAAGCCAGCGGUUUACGAGAGCGUGAUGGAGGCAAUUCCUGUAUAG